GUCAGGCCAAGCUUCCUUCGAACAACACAGCAAGGAACUGGGGAAUACACUCCACAAAUGUACCUCAACACCGCCUGAUGGGAACCAACGGCAACGUAACCCAACGCUCGCACUCACGAAAUCGCCCCUAUCAGGGGACUCCCCUCGGACAAAAGUGUCAAGGUUGAUAUCCGCCUUGAACGCAGUACGUCAUGGCAACCUUUGCCAUCUUUAAUACUCUUAAUUAAACUCUAACCUGGACGAUUGAGUUUCAUCAUUUGCAAUAUUAUUGACAAGUUGCGCUUUUACCCACUUGCACAACUGCUGGCAGUUAACCGGGCACCUUGCCGUUUUUCUCCCGGAACUUCAACCCCUGACUUCUUUCCGCCAGCACCGCGAACAUGAAAGUUCACCACAGCCCUCUUCUAGUCGCUCUCGCUACUGCUCGAGCGGCAGCUCAGGGGACAAGUGACUUGCCAGAGACGCCGAACCCAUCCAUCAGCCUAUCAACAUGUGAGGAUCUCGCCUGCAGCCCGUCAAGUAAAAGCGUCUGUAAUGCAGAGGGUCUUCCUGGCGCGCCCGUCAGCGUGGGCAUCGCGCCCCAGGUCCUUGAGCUCCCUUCAGCGAACUUCAGUCUUACUCUCAUCGACGGCCUCGACGAGCGCGGUUUCACGGUCGCUGGCCUACCGGCCUACGAGUACACGGACCUACAGCUCUUCGUUGGCGCGGACCCCGACCUAGCAGAGGACGACUAUCCGUCCGGGUGCGCUUUAAUGAUGCAGUACCAAGGACAGACGUUCCCAGUUUCCGACGACGACGAAGAAUCGAAUCGCUCCCAGUCAACAUUGUGCGGGGAAGUUGUCGACGAACUCUGUCAAGCGUCCAUCUACAAUAUGGUCCAGAGCUUCAGCAACGCCUCCUCUUCUUCGCAGGACGAUGAAUCGGACCGCUGCAGGGAGCUGACGCGGCACAUCAACACGCGCAUGCGCGAGGACGCCUUCCUGUGCGGCGGGCACUACCUCUCCACCUUCAUCAACGUCACGGGCGGCGCCCUGCCCGGGCCCGAGUCACGGACGGUAACCCACGAAGCCCUCGGCGAACAAUCGUGCCGCCCAAUGCUGCCGCAGGCCUUCCAGAUGUACUCGGUGGCCAGGAUGCGGCAAUACUACUUUAUCGAUCCGCCUGCGUCCGAGUUCCUCCAGCCGCUGUUCGGCGGUCGCGCUGGAUCCACGCCCGUCUUCACGGUUGUCUAUGAUGGAAACAACGAUACCGAGCCCGAGGUUCAGUUCGUUUGUAUGAAGACGUACCAGGCCAACGGCGACCCCCAACCUGACCCGCUCGAGGGUGCCGCAUCGAUCGCUAUCCCCAAAAGCACUGCCGUGUUGGUUGUAGUUUUGGCGAUGGGUUUUGCAAUGAUCAUGUAAAUUAAAAGAUACUGUUACCUCUCAAGUCCAUGUAACCCCAAUUUUGUGUUGUUUUGGGCGAAAAUAUGACAGCGGACGAUGUACACGGCACCCCCGGGUAUCAAGGAAACACACCAUGGAUGCAUCGGGUAUCUGUGGUCAGGUGGCCCCUAUCGGGCCCCCGCGCGUCAUCAUUCGUGCGAGCGUCGGCCA